UCCUUUUAAUUGAGUGGGUUGGCGCAUAUCAGACCGAACACAAGGUUUCUUUUUAAUACGUUUCACUCCAAUAUUCAACCAGUGUUUCAAAAAUCCUCAAAAUUCUAAAUUCGACAUGGAAAAACGAAGCCCCAAGAAUGCGGUGAUGAUUGUUCAGGAACUGUGCAUGAAGGGCGGUAAGAUCCCCGUGUAUAUCGAGGUCGAACUUCCCAACCAAGUUCCUUCAGUUUUCAGAACUACGUGCACAAUCACGUUUGAAGGAAAGACUUAUUCAGCCAUUGCGGAUGCCAAUACAAAGAAGGGGGCAAAAACCAAAGCUUGUGAGGAUAUGGUGUACAACCAGCUGAGCCAGGUUCUUGACAUGAAUGACCCCGCUACAAAACGCAUCUUGGGCAUUAUUGACCGUCGCGAGGAAGCCGUGGUGGCUGCAAUUGCUGAUCAAAAAACUGAAUCGGCCGGACCAUCUCCAAGUAAAGUCGCCAAAUUUAACGAUGCUGAAGAAACCGUGGACUUGGUGGUAGACAUGUUAUCAGAAUAUGCUGAAAAGGGAAACCCCAUUGGGGAUCUUGCGGCGUUUUGUGAUCUUAAUAAACUUCCUGAACCAGAAUAUCUGGAGGGUCCAUGCUGUGGUCCGCCACAUCGUCGUAUUCUUAGCAUGGAAUGCACUAUUGGAAAGCUGAAAUUCCGAGGAAUUCAUCUCGACAAGAAGAAAGCGAAACGCAUUGUUGCCGAAAAGAUGAUGUUGGAACUGAGAAAGAAGUUUGAAAGUCGCCAAGUUCCAUCCCCUGAAACGAAACAAUCCGCAGAAUCAGCAUCAGCGUCAUCCGAGAAAGACCUCCCUCUAGAUGAGGAGCUAAUCAACUUGUCGUUGGAAGAUAUUAAAAUAAAUCGAAAGAAGACCUUCAAGGACUUUAUCAACUACAGUUCAAUGGAAAAGAUGAAAGUCAAUGAAUUUGAAGAGUUGAGACAAAUUGGAGGUCCAUACUUUCAAAAAUUGGUUGAUUUUACAAUCGAAAUAAACGAAAAGUACCCAGUUGUGGGCCAACCAGAGCAGCAAUACAAAGAAUGGUUGGAGUUGAAAACUUCUCAUGAUAAUGGAAUUGUCGGAUUUUUUGAGGCUAUAGAAAAGGAGCUUGGAUUACUGGUGACAACACAUGUAGUUAAAUCACGAGUGAAGGAAGAUGGGGAGACGGAAACUGAAAAUCUGGAUGAAGAUUCUGAAGAUGAGACCUUUGAGCGUUUUGAAUUCGACGACGAUUUUAAAAUGGAAAAAUUCGAUGAUUACAAUGACGAACCUGACGAGUUUGAAAUGUCAAGUGACGAUGAUUCAAAUGACGAAGAUUCGAAUGACGAAGAUGACAAAGAUAGCAAACGCCAAAAGGAAAGUAACGACGAGGAAACAAUGAGUCCUAUUAUUGUACCUCGUUUUAUGAUUGUUUACAGAGUGGAAAUUCCCCUCACUCGAGUUCGCGAGACAACUGUAUUUAAAUUUAACGAUGAUAUCGAACUCGGAAAGCUGGAUGCAAUGGUCGAAGUGUUAAUGUAUCUUGGCCUUAUGACGAUCGGUUAGUAUGUAUUAACAAUUGUGAAAAUUUUGAAUCAAUUUUCUCUGUAAGACUGAUUAUAAUACAUUCAUCUUUAAUACAUGCA